GUACAGUAAAUCCAUAAAAGCUUUCUUAUCAGUUUCACACAUUGCUAGAUAUGCUAUGUCAACAUCAUUACUACUGUUUGUCUUUAUAAAAAGUCAUAGACUUGUUGGGUACAUUUUAUUAUUUGAGGUUACAACUGUAUCAUACACGUGACGUAGUUUUAUUAAACAUAACAAAAAGACUACAGCUACAUUAGAAAUGGUAUCACUUGUAGCGGGGAGAAGCCUAAAGAACGGGCUGGGAAAGGUAAGGCAAGUGAUAGGUUAAUUGCAGGUUGCAAGUGAAUAGUUCCCUCAGCAGAGGUCAGCAACAGAGUGUGACACAAGGACAGUGCUAUUUACACUCGCCGACCACCGGUUCACUUCAUUUCCGCUAAAGGCUCCGCCCCCCUUGCUUAUAGCCGUAUCCCGUAGCAACUGCUGCGCUGCCGUAUCCCGUAGCAACUGCUGCGCUCUGUUUGGGGUAAUGCGAGUGCUCGGAAUGCGCGCAGCCAGGGAUUAGAUAGCGAGAGAGAACUGGAGGUUCUUCAGCACCGACUUCAUGAAUAACGCUGCUAAUGGCAACCCAAGAUACAGCAGUGCACACAGAAAAGUCUGAGAGGUCACUUCAAAAAUAUUGCUAUUAUAACAGUGAGAAACCACAGAGAGCAUUAAUUGAAGCACUUGCUGAAACCAGUGAAAAGCUUCUGGAAGAUGAUCAAAAUUCCAUAGAAUGGCUGAUUGGAGAUGGAUGGGAAGAAGCUGUAUGUGGCUGGGGUACACUCUCUCCAUCGGCUGGUCUGCUUCCUCAGAAGAAAACAAGGAAGCACAAAUCACUGGAUAGUGUAAGCUGUCUCAUUUGCUUAAAUAUGUGUCAAAUCACAGAAAGUAAAAAUGGAACUCCGGAUAGAAAAACCUCAGCAGUUUCCCUUCAAGAAAAAUCAGGAUGCAAUAACUUGCUUACAAAUAAUGAUCUACAGUCUACAGAGGAAGACAUAUCUUUCAGCACAACAGAUCACUGCCCUUCAGCUCCAAUGGUUUCCACAACAGAAACCGUUUGUGAUAAAGUAUCCAGUGCUGAUGUAUUCACUGGAGAACAAACACAACGUAAACAAAGCAAUUCUGGAAGCUGCACAUCUGUAACAGUGAUGAAGGAAGUAAAUGUUUCCCAGUCAGUUUCAAUGUGUGCAAACUGCAAUACCAAAGACUUGCACAUAAGUAUCCCUGUUGUGUUGCCUCCUCUGAAAUCGCCAGCUGUCACUGGGCAUACGGAUUCAGUCGUCAGAAACAAAAAUAUCUCAGUUCAGCAAUUUGAAAAUCUACAUUCAAAGACUUUAUUAGGAAGCUCUGUAUACAAUCAAGUUAUUGGCAAUGUAGAAUUAAAAGGAGAGAGACGUGUUGAACCAAUCUGUGAACUUCAGAGAGAACAAAUUAAAGUACCACACUCCUUAUCUUUUCUAACAUCUUGUAUCCCAAAAACACCUCUAAGGGACGCAGACCACCUUUACUGGCAAUGCACGUUUCUAGCGAAUAAACCAGUUACUACUUCUCCCACUAUCUUAAAACAAAACAGUAACCUUUCCUCUAUGGGUUUUUUGCACACAAAAGCAACACAAAACAAGCGCAGUAUCAGACACUUUAAUGAGGUGAAGUCAAAAAGUAGACCAAAGUCAGGGACCACCACUAUUCUUGACAACCCUCUUCUACCAUCAUUAACUGUAACUAGAGUAGCAAUACCAGUAGCUAACAGACCUCUGUAAAAAGCUGAAUGUAGUGUGAUUCCUGAAAGCUAAAAUUGUACAGCUGUUAUACUCUUCUAAGCUCUUCAUCUACCAUAUCACAGUGGUGUAUGUAUUAUCAGUGUAAAGAACUACCUCCCUUAUUUGUAUAGUCUGUCUGUGCCAAUAAAAGUGCCAUUGU